AUGGGCUGGUUGAGGACGACCGGCGUUGCCGUCCUGGCAGCCGUCGGCUAUGCCAACGCUCAGGGCUACUACGGCACUCUCGCGGCUGAGCAGGCUUCCUGCCCGGCUGCCCAAAACUUCCAGAACAUUGGUUGCUGGGCUGGUUUGUCUCUCGCGUCCGUUCAGUUUGCGGUUCAGGGAACAUACGCCGCGUCCCAGAACCCCAACUACAACUUCCCGGGAUAUAUCUCUUCCCAGACGUCGGGCACUGCGGCCGCAGUCCUCUACAACAACACCGUGACGCAGUAUGGCUGCGCUUCAGUGUGCCGAGGACAUGGAUACCAAUACACCUACCUCAUCACCGGUCUAUGCUACUGCUCUAUGGUUGAUCCCAGCGCCGUUUCUGGAGCUACGAACACUGGUACUUGCGGAACUACUUGCCCUGGCGACAGUGGCUCAGCUUGCGGUGGUGCAUCCGCUGCCGCUGGUGUCACGGUUCUCUACGACCCUUCAUACAAGUCUUAUGCGUCGUUCUCCACCCAGAUUGCCACCACGUCAAGCUUGAGCACGUUGGCCGCUGCGUCGAAGUUCCUGGGCUGCUUCCAUGCUCCAGGCUUCCCCAACACGCCCGGUCAAUCUGUGACUGGUGCGGCGGGUGCCAUCGACCAGUCUGCAACGACCAUGGCUGCUUGCUUGUCCACUUGUGCCAGAAGGGGAUACCCGCUUGCGUAUGCCACACCUACAACGGGUGGUGUCACUUGCGAGUGCGGUACCGAGUUCGGGUAUCAAUCAUACAAGGUCAACUACGUCGCUGGAAGCACCACCUGCUCCGUGGCCUGCGAUGGAUCUGGCAAUGCUUGCGACCCUACCCAGGCUAACUGCUGUGGCGCAACCAAUGCUGUUCCUGUCUACAUCAACCCUGAGUUGACUGGUUGCUUCACACCUACCAUUCCCGGUAUUGCCCUGACAGAUCCCACCAGCGGAAGUAUCACUGGAUACCAGUGCGCCGCAGUUCCAGCCUCCCUGACUGCCGCCUCCAAGACCAUCUUGACAACCUCGACCAUCGCUGGUUCUGCAACAGUGUCCACUGUUUAUCCCACUCACCCAGUGUCAGUUGUCUCAGGUGCCAACACGUACUUCCAGCUUGGAUGCGCUGGCUCUGCUCAGGCCGUCACUGCCGUUGGUAGCACUGCAACCUUCACUACGGGUGACAUCAACACCUGUGCCCAGUACUGCUCUGACAGCAACGCUGCUGUGUUCCAAGUCAGCACAGCUUCUUACACAUCGUCAUCCUCUGCUACUUUCACCUGCACAUGUGCCAAUGAUGUCCCCUCAACCUUCAAUGCCAACUUGAUCGAUAUGGCUGGCUGCGCCAUCAGGUGCCCCAGCGGCGCUACCCUUUGCGGUGGUGCCACCAACGUCCUUGUCUAUGGCAAGCAGUCUCGCUUCGCGACUGGUUCCAUGUCUUCACUGCUGUCCUCAGCCAGUGCCACGACGCUGCCUACCUACAGCUGUACAUCCGUGUCAACCUCCAGCAGCGCCACCAGCAGCACUGGUACAUCCUCAGGCACAUCUUCCACCGUCUCCAGUGGAACUUCGUCGUCUGUCACUGGCAGCUCUUCCACCGUCUCUGGAAGCAGCAGCUCUGCGUCUGGAUCUGCGUCUGAAUCUUCUACCACUUCCACCAGCUUCCCCACCCUGAGCCCCUCAGGCAACUCAACUGUAGGCCCCACCGUCACCCUUUCCAGCUCUACCACAUCAGAAACUGAUGUUACCCCGGAGAGCACCCCGUCUGGUACCGGCACCGGCACCGAGGAGCCGACCUUCACCGGCUCUGAGCCCACUGGCGGUCAGGAAACUGGCACCGAGACUCCUACCGGUACUGAGACCCCCAUUGAGACCACCCCGGGUCCUACUGGGACAGUCGCCCCAACCAGUGUUACCCCUGGGAGCACAACGUCUAUCCCCGUUGCCUACCCCACGCCCACAUCUUUCUCUGCUAUCUUCGAUUUGGCAGCUGGUCAGGCUAUCUUGACUGCUCUGACCGUUUGCAACGAGGACGGAACUUCAUGCGAGGUCAUUAUCUACGUCGUCCUGAAUAUGGGCUGCUUCGUCACACCCACUGGCGAGAGCCCCUUCACUCCCGACUUCGGCAUUCCUGACCAGAACCUUAAUGCCCAAGAGUGUACUGAAGAGUGCGCCGCACGUGAGUAUGGCCUUGCCUCUGAUAUCUCUGGUGACUGCUUCUGCGGUACUGCUCAGAAACCACUGGAGCAGACCGACGAUGCGAACUGCCGCUCCACAUGCCCUGGCGACCCGACACAAUUCUGCGGCGGUGGUUCGACCUCUCUCAAGCGCCGUACUAUCAAGAGACAAAGCGGCCAGUUUGCCCAGAUUUUUGCUAUCAUCCCUGCCGAUCAGGGUGGACACCCCGGCCUCCCGACCGUCACCCUCACCUCCAGUACCGCUCUGCCCACCAAUGGCACUGCUAUCCCCACCGAGACUGAGAUCCCCCCCACCGUGUCCAUCCUUCCUACCUCUACUGAGGAGACCACUGGUACUGGGGAGACCACUGGUACUGAGGUUGCUCCUACCAGCACCGUGCCUCCCACUGGCUCCGGCCCCAUCACUGCUCCCAGCUCCAGCUCCACUCCCAUUGCUGUCGUCCUUGGUAUACUGCCUCCCAACACUGCCACGCUUGGUCUCAAGAAGCGCCAGGCUGGCAGCUUCAUUGGUGGUGCCGGCCCUCUUGCCCCCACUGACUGUACCGAGGCUACCACUUUCGUCCUUGCCAAUGGUCAGCUGAGCAGUGGUGGUCAGCUCGUCUCCACUGAUCCUGGUGUUCCAUACAUUCCUCUGGCUGUCAGCGCCACCAUUGGUAGCAUCACCACUGAGUUUGUCAGCAUCAACGGCGAGCUCUUCUGGAACAACGCGGCCUUCCUUGACGGCACUGCUGGUUUCUGCCAGGAUGCCUCUGGUCGCGUCUAUGCUACCUUCGAGGGUGCCGCCGCUGAGCCCGCUGGCUGUCUCCCGGUCACUGUCGUUGCUUAUCCUGCUUACCAGUGUAUUGGUGGUGUCAUCAACCCCAGUGCCACUCCCCCCAGCAGCACUGCUCCUACUGGCGCCCUGGGCAACGGCACUCUUACUCUUGCCUACCCCUACUACUUCCCCGAGGCCUCUCCUGUUGGCCAAGAGUGCGUCACUGUUGUCGAGGAGUGGGUCGUUGGCGAGACCAGCCUUCUGCCCGAGCCUACUGCUUAA